AUGUCGUUCCCCGACGUCUUGAAGCGUGGCGAUGACUUCCUCUCGGAGUAUCCAAGAACUGCUCCGUGGUGGAAUGUUGCUUCCCACGCCACCUGCUUGACCAUGAUUCUUCUGUCCAAGUUUCUUAUCAACGUCUUAUACAAACCUAAGGUUCAUGAUAUCGAAAAGCUCGAUGCGGCGCUACAAAAGGCUCGUCUUGAGAAGCGGUCUCUUUUGACCGUAAUGAACCACAUGUCAGUGGUGGAUGACCCUUCCUUUUACGCUCUCCUCCCGUGGAGAUACCAUUUCGAUGUCGAUACCAUUCGGUGGGCGUUUGGUGCCCAUAACAUCUGCUUUUCGACGCCCACCUUGUCGUGGUUCUUCAAUUUGGGGAAAGUUUUGGGUACUAAGCGAUUUGGCGAAGGUCCUUUCCAGGGAUCGCUUGAUGCAGCCAUCAGAAUUCUCAGCCCUGAUGAUACCUUGGACUUGGAGUUUAGUCCGUGGACUAGAGAACAGCAGAAGCCCACUCUCAUUCAGGAAAUCAACAACUUGGGUGUUGCGCCCGAGAAAGUGACGAAUUUGGUCAAGCACGUGAAGCCGUCGCCUGAAUCCACCAACAUUCUCAUGUCCAAGUCUCCUUUCAUCAGAACAAAGACCUCGUGGUUCCAUGUCUUUCCUGAAGGAUUUGUUUUGCAGCUCCGUGAGCCAGAUAACAACUCUAUGAGAUACUUCAAGUGGGGAGUUUCUCGCUUGAUCUUGGAAAGUACCAGAGCACCGGUUGUUCUCCCCAUUUUCUCUUUUGGCUUCGAGAAGAUUGCUCCGGAGGACUCGGCAGAUCAGGGUAUUAAGAGAUGGCUUCCACAGAACUUGGGCGCCGAGAUCCAUAUUGCUUUCGGCGAUCCAAUUCCCGACGAAAGAAUCGAGCACUACAGAUCGCAAUGGAGAGCAUUGUGCGACAAGUACACGGACAAGAAGAACCCUACGGACUUGUCUGGUGAGUUGAGAGACGGAAAGAAGGUGCAGAAGCUUCGAUCUGAGCUUGCAGCCGAGCUCAGAGACAAAGUUUUGGAUAUCAGAGAACAGUUGGGCUAUUUCAAGCCCGAGAACCCCAAGUUCCAUGAUCCAGCGUUCUGGAAGGAGUACACCAAGUCCGAAGGCUUAAGUGACCCAAGUGUCCAGUUUAUAGGCCAGAAUUGGGCCAUCAAGAGACUUCAGAAGCACUUGCCUGAGUAUGAGGAGGGAGAGUGA